UAAUACUUUUUUUUUAUUCAGUAUCUUACAACCGAGGAAUUUCCGCCUCCUGUGACUCUCUCUCUCUCUAUCGCUCUCACCGGAACGCGCGUCGCACACUACUCUCUUUCCUCAUCGUACGUUUCCUCUCUCUCGAAAUUCUUCAUUUUAUAGUGAAAAAUUGAAUCUUUCUCAGAACCCAUAGCAAAAGUCGAAUCCUUUUAUCUCUCUCUCUCUCUUACUCACUCUUGAGGCUUCCUCAAAUUCUGGUUGGUUCGUCUCGUUUCUUCACAGAGACCUGUUGCUGUGGAUACACGUGAGCCGCCAUUAAUGCCCGUUUUUUGUUUUCUUCCUACAGUUUGUCUUGUAGAAAACAAGAAAGCUUGAAGCUGAUUUAGGGCGUUGGUGAUCAACACACAUCUUGUUGGUUUCCUUUCCGCGAGCUGAAGUGAAUCAAUAUGUUUAAUUUUACUCGAGCAAGAAGCCAAGGGAGGCAAAACAGAUCUAUGUCUCUUGGAGGACUGGAUUACGCAGACCCGAAGAAGAAAAACAAUUACUUGGGAAAGAUUCUUUUGACCGCUUCUCUUACAGCCUUGUGCAUUUUCAUGCUCAAGCAAUCUCCAACGUUCAAUACUCCAAGCGUGUUUUCUCGACAUGAGCCAGGGGUUACACAUGUUUUAGUCACUGGUGGUGCUGGUUACAUCGGUUCACAUGCAGCUUUAAGGCUUCUAAAGGAUUCAUACCGAGUGACCAUUGUGGACAAUCUAUCACGUGGGAAUCUCGGCGCAGUCAAGAUUUUGCAAGAACUGUUUCCGGAACCUGGAAGGCUUCAAUUUAUUUAUGCUGAUCUUGGAGAUGCAAUGGCUGUAAACAAGGUAUUCUCAGAGAAUGCCUUUGACGCUGUGAUGCAUUUCGCUGCUGUUGCAUAUGUUGGGGAGAGCACGCAAUUCCCUCUUAAGUAUUAUCACAAUAUUACAUCAAACACUUUGGUGGUAUUAGAGACAAUGGCUGCUCAUGGAGUAAAAACUUUGAUAUAUUCAAGCACUUGUGCAACGUAUGGGGAGCCUGAUACUAUGCCAAUCACAGAGGAAACUCCUCAGGUGCCAAUCAAUCCAUAUGGAAAGGCUAAGAAGAUGGCAGAAGAUAUAAUUUUGGAUUUCUCGAAGAACUCAAAAAUGGCGGUAAUGAUCCUAAGAUAUUUCAAUGUGAUUGGGUCUGAUCCAGAGGGUCUGUUGGGUGAAGCCCCAAGGCCUGAGCUACGAGAGCAUGGACGAAUCUCUGGUGCAUGCUUUGAUGCUGCACGUGGCAUCAUGCCUGGCCUUCAGAUCAAAGGAACAGACUACAAAACUUCUGAUGGAACAUGCGUAAGGGAUUACAUUGAUGUCACUGACUUGGUUGAUGCUCAUGUUAAAGCUCUCCAAAAGGCAAAACCCCGCAAAGUCGGAAUCUACAAUGUUGGUACCGGGAAAGGUAGCUCAGUGAAAGAGUUUGUUGAGGCGUGCAAGAAAGCGACUGGAGUUGAGAUCAAGAUCGAUUACUUGCCUAGACGCGCAGGUGAUUACGCUGAGGUUUAUAGUGACCCGAGCAAGAUCAGGAAAGAACUAAACUGGACAGCUAAGCACACAAAUCUCAAAGAGAGUCUUGAGACUGCGUGGAGAUGGCAGAAGCUGCACCGUAAUGGCUAUGGUUUAACCUCGUCGGUCUCGGUUUACUGACUUUGUUCAUUCCUUUUGGUGAUUGAUGGAGAUUUUGAUUCCAGAUGGUAAUGAGGAGAAGCUUAGGAGAUGAUGGUUUAUAUAUUAAAUAUUAAUAUAAGAUAUAUAUAUUAAGAUCACAUGAUGAGAUUUUGAUUUGUUUACUAAUGGCUUUAGGUUCUUUUAGGAAGCAGCCAUUCAUUAUAUAUAUGUACCUCUCACAAUAUUUAUUCAUUAGUCUUUAA